AUGUCACCUUGCGACCUUUCCAAGGGAGGCCGAAGAGCCGGUUUCUUAUGUCUUGAAGAUUAUGGGGACAAGCCUUUGGAAAAGCCCUUAAAGCUGGUUCUUAAAGUUGGAGGCAGUGAAGUCACUGAACUCUCUGGGUCGGGCCAUGAUUCUAGUUACUACGAUGAUAGAUCAGAUCAUGAGCGAGAACGACAUAAAGAAAAGAAGAAAAAAAAGAAGAAAAAGUCUGAGAAGGAAAAAGAAAAGCAUCUAGAUGAUGAGGAAAGAAGAAAGAGAAAGGAAGAGAAAAAGAGGAAAAGGGAGAAGGAACAGUGUGACACUGAAGGAGAAACUGAUGACUUUGAUCCUGGGAAAAAGGUGGAGGUUGAACCUCCUCCAGACCGUCCUGUCAGAGCGUGCAGAACUCAGCCAGCUGAAAAUGAGAGCACACCAAUCCAGCAAUUACUGGAACACUUCCUUCGCCAGCUUCAGAGGAAAGAUCCUCAUGGGUUUUUUGCUUUUCCAGUCACGGAUGCCAUUGCUCCUGGAUAUUCCAUGAUAAUAAAACACCCUAUGGAUUUUGGUACGAUGAAGGAAAAAAUUGCAGCAAAUGAAUACAAAUCAGUCACUGAAUUCAAGGCAGAUUUUAAACUGAUGUGUGAUAAUGCAAUGACUUACAACAGACCAGAUACUGUUUACUACAAGCUAGCCAAGAAGAUACUGCACACAGGCUUUAAGAUGAUGAGCAAAGAACGGCUGUUAGCUUUGAAGCGCAGCAUGUCGUUUAUGCAGGACAUGGAUUUUUCUCAGCAGGCAGCUCUUUUGGGCGAUGAAGACACAGCAGUUGAAGAACCUGUUCCUGAAGUUGUUCCUGUACAAGCAGAGACUACCAAGAAAUCCAAAAAGCAAAAUAAAGAAGUUAUUAGAGAGAAAUUCUUAGCUAAGCAAAUGGAAGAAGAUAACCCAGGAGAGAGAAAUGGAUUUGGUGUGAGGAGAUGCUCUACACAGUACCUAAGCUGCAUUUUUGAACCUGAGGGGAAUGCAUGCAGCCUGACAGACAGCACUGCUGAAGAACAUGUCCUGGCACUAGUGGAACAUGCAGCAGAUGAAGCUCGGGAUAGGAUCAAUCGAUAUCUACCCAACAGCAAGAUUGGUUAUCUGAAAAAAAAUGGAGAUGGAACUUUAUUAUUUAGUGUAGUAAAUUCCUCUGAUCCAGAAGCAGAAGAGGAGGAAACUCACCCAGUGGAUCUGAGUUCACUGUCAAGCAAAUUAUUACCUGGCUUUACUACACUGGGCUUCAAAGAUGAACGAAGAAAUAAAGUAACCUUUCUUACCAGUGCCAAUACAGCACCUUCCUUGCAAAACAAUUCUAUAUUUCAAGAUUUGAAACCAGAUGAGAUGGAGCUUCUAUACUCAGCAUAUGGUGAUGAAACUGGGAUCCAAUGUGCCUUAAGCUUACAGGAAUUUGUGAAGGAUGCUGGAAGUUACAGCAAGAAAAUAGUUGAUGAUCUUCUGGACCAGAUCACUAGUGGCGACCAUUCCAAAACUAUUUAUCAGCUAAAGCAGAGGCGAAACAUCCCAGUAAAACCACUGGAUGAGGUAAAAGUUCUGCCAGUUCAUAUAAAAGAAGAGCACAAGUUGCGUAAUACUUGUCUGGAUUCUUCCAAACAGAUCAUGGUUGGAGAAUCUGCUGGAGACAGUAACACUUCUGACUUGGACUUUCUCUCCAUGAAGCCCUAUUCAGAUGUAUCUCUCGAUAUUUCUAUGUUAAGUUCGUUAGGAAAAGUGAAGAAGGAGCUUGAUCAUGAUGAUAACCAUCUACAUCUGGAUGAAACAACUAAACUGCUUCAGGACCUUCAUGAAGCUCAGGCUGACAGAGUGGGAUCCCGGCCAUCGUCCAAUUUGAGUUCCCUCUCCAAUACCUCUGAAAGAGACCAACACCAUCUUGGAAGCCCCUCUCAUCUGAGUGUUGGAGAACAGCAAGACAUGGUUCACGAUCCCUAUGAAUUUCUUCAGUCUCCAGAAACCUCAAAUGCUACUAGUAACUAA